AUGGUCGUAUGGUCCCUCGAGGCGAAUGUGACGGGCAGACUUGCUGAAGAUCUCACCAUCCCACGAACGACAGUGGAGGAAAAAGAUACCAUCCACAUUGCCAAUACAGUCAUAAGGAAGCUUCUUGCCAGUCACCAGACUUAUUCCGAAGAUCACACAACAGGAAGGCGCCGUCUCCUCUAG